AUGGAGUCUUUAGGAAAGAACCACAUUGGGGAUUUGUGUGGUCAGUUAGAUAUUCUGCUGGAGGCAGAGGGCAAGGUGAGCCACAAACAAACACAGACAGGGAGACAGACAGGGAGACAGGAUACUUUUUCCUCAGAUCAAGUAUAUAGACAAGAGGAGAGAGAGACAGAGUGACAGAGCGUAGUAUCUGACUGACAAGGAGAUGGUUACCUGAGGACUGAGUAGGUGGACAGUAGGGGGACAUCAUCAGCCACUCUUCAGGGUUCUGAGCUUCACUCUCCCAUGAAGGAGUGAUCCUCUGAAGGUCAAAGGUGUGGAAAAGGGCUCUAGGAAAGGUCAAGGGCACUAAGAAAGGGCUCGACAGGCUUCCUUCCACUGACCACCCUUUCUGGGAGUGUGUGGAUGCAUCUAUCUCUUCUCUCUCUCUCUCUCUCUCUCUCUCUCUCUCUCUCUCUCUCUCUCUCUCUCUCUCCCCCCUUCUUUCCUCUCGUUCUAAUUUCAACCGCUCCUUCUGGGUAUAAGGAGGUCUGGUAUUCUAAAAUGAAGUGGGAUUGAUCUGCAGGGAAAGGAAAGGUGAAGGGGGGGGGGGGGGGGGGGGGGUUGAGAAGUAGGACUGUUCUCAAGGGAAUUAGAGUGACGGGGAAGGGAUGAGACACAGGCAUGGCCAUUGAAGGUGCGUGUGUGUGACACACAGGCAUGUGUAUGAAAGAGCCAUUGGAUCAGAGUGCAUUGUUGUCUGAAUGUAUUGAGGCUGAAUUCCAAGUCAGAUGACAUGACAAAGAUACAAUAUAAAGAAUGUAAACACAAGUGCCUCUUGACAAAGUCAUUCUGUACUGAAAAUACAGUCAACACAACUGGAAUUCAGAGGGGGAAAAAACUUGGUUGUCUUCCUUGAGUUUCUUUUUGUAGGAUUAGCAGUUUUAUCCAGGCAAAAUAAUAACAGUGACAUCACUGUCUCUCUCUCUCUCUCUCUCUCCUCUCUCUCUCUCUCUCUCUCUCGCUCUCUCCUCUCUCUCUCUCUCUCUCUCUCUCUCUCUCUCUCUCUCUCUCUCUCUCUCCUCUCUCUCUCUCUCUCUCUCUCUCUCUCUCUCUCUCUCUCUCUCUCUCUCUCUCUCUCUCUCUCUCUCUCUCUCUCUCUCUCUCUCUCUCUCUCUCUGUAACUCUAUUUUAAUCUCUUCCAUGACAGAGACAAAGACACAAAUCCGAUAAGCAGCUCUGCUAUAGUGCCUAAGUGCCUGCUCUUUGCACCAGAGCUGUCUGCCUGUCAUAAACAAUAUGAGGAGCCCACAGUGUGUGAAGUUCUAAGUAGGCAUUUAUGACGUUGGGUUCAGACCGUGGUAGUCUUUUUAUCUCUGAAUGCCACAGUCAGAUUAGUUUUGACAAGCAGCCGCUCUUCCUUGAUUGCAAUUGUUUCUGCGUGGAUUUGAAGGCGGGUUGGAAUAAUACAUGAACGUGAAAGGAAUUAAUGGGGCUGCUGUCAUCUGUGGAGCGAAGCUGGCUGAUAUUUCUGAACACAAUACACAUGCAUCCAGGCAUGAUUGCAUGCACACACACAUACGAAGAACAUCCUUUACAUGACAAAGAGUCACAGAUUCAGUAAUUUGUGCUCGUGUGUGCACACACCUGUCCAUGCUAACAAGGUAUCGGUUUGACUUCGAAAUGUGAGGUUUGUCCACGUUUUUCCAAACGUCUAUGGUGAAGUCAUAGUAAACGUCCGUUUUUGACAUUGAAGUUGGCACACUGUUACCUAACUCUGCGUAAGUUAAACAAAAACACUUGCGUCGGGCUGGAGGUUUCACUUCUCGUUAAGGGUGAAGGUUUGGGAUCAGGUUAAAAUAGGGUUAAGUUUAGGAAUGAAUUCCGAGUGGUUAAGUUAAGGGUUAAAGUUUGGGAAAGGCAUAAAACCGGAAAACUAAAAAACGAUUGCCUAGCACUGGGAUUGAACAGGCAACCCUCAGCGCCAGAGAGCAGCUUUUACUCCUAUCCACCAUCCCUGUCCACAACGCCCUAGCAAGCCAGCAGCCUACUUAAAGGGUAAUAGUGCUCACCGUUCCCCCUAGUGGCCGGUUUUGAAAGCAAUUCUACACGUUCUUGGGACCUUGAUGGACGUCUCUACUUUGACUUCAAACUAAAGCGAUCUCUCUGGUCCAUGCACACACACACACACACACACACACACCCACACAGAGAAAAGUCAGACUACAUCCACUAUUGAAGCAGAGUUCUUUAGGUUCCCAGUGUCCUGCAGGUAGAGGAGGUGUUAGAUUGAUCUCAGUGUGUGUUCAUCACUCAUCACUGUCUGUCUGUCUGUCUGUAGCCUCUGGGACUGUGACCUUCGGUUGAGUCAAAGGCAGACCGCAGCACACACACACACAACUGAGGACAAACGUACCUUUACAACGUACACUUUCAAGGACACAAACACACACACACCAAAUGAAUCCUCUCACAAUUGUUCUUCUGACUGCAGUGCUCAGACACAAAGUUGAUUUCCCAGAUGGAUUUCUCCCUCUUUCCUGAAGAGUGAUUACUGAAGAGAGAGAUAUUGAAGAUUGCCUUUUAUAACCGCCCUUUGUGUCAAUGAGACCAAAAGGGAGCUGAAUGAUCCUAGUCACACAACAGUAUAGUGUCUAUUGUGGCAGCUGCUUGGCAACAGUUGAAAGUCACAAUCAAAGUCAAAAGCACUCCGUUUACAGUUAUAACAGAAAGCAGUCUCUUUCAUUUAAUCUAUUUCAUUUCAGUCACUUUAAUUUCAUGCUGUUUUAGUAAUCAACUCUAUGAUCAAGAUGGUUUGAUUUUACUAUUGGCGUUUAUACCUUAUGGAAGCCUGACACCUAGUGGUGCAUUUCAGAGCUUCCCACUGUGCCCACUAACCGGUGCCCAUUGUAUUUCACUGCAUCGGCACUUCUUAUCAUCAAUCAAACUCACUACAAAGAUUACCUGUACGUUUGAGUCAGGAACGUUUUACCAUGCUUGAAAUCUCAGAUCAACAAUGACUUGACUUAGAAUACAGAAUACUGAUGUUUGUUAACAUCUACACACACCAGUGGAGGCUCCUCAGAGGAGGAAGGGGAGGACCAUCCUCCUCAGUGAAUUUCAUAAAAAUAAAAUUUGUAACAUUUAAAAAGUUAUCAUUUGUAGAUAAAACUAUACUAUAAAGAUUCAGGCAAGAGUGUGCAAGGCGGUAUUGAAUGUCACUGUCCAUCCAUGUGUCACUGUCUGUGACCUCAAAUGUGUCUCGACCUGUGUGCGCCUAUGUUAUAAACUGUCAUUCAUAGGCUAGGAUGUAGCAACCUCAUGAUGGGUAUAGGGAAAAUUGGAGUUUCAUGUAGUAGCCUAAACCUAUCGCAGUUACAUUGAACUGGGUGAAUGGAAUAUGAAUGACAGUCAUCCAACAUGCUGUAAUAGAAAUAAGACCAUUCUCAUGAAAAAAUAAUCGUCCGCCACUGACACACACACAUACACCAUAACUAAUAGGGAAAGUUUAGCAUGGACCUGAUGACAUCUCAAAACAAUGUGUUGGCAGUAUUCAUCAACCAAAGUCUCAGACACUUUUGGAUUCCGAAGGCUUGAGACAGUGCUUACAAACUGGGAUUACUAAAAGUGUCAUGCUGCAGAAAACGGAUGUUUAUUACGGUGUAAGUGACAGAUGGACUGCAAUGUAAUAUGACAUAUAAUACAACUUUAUUGAUCCCCUCAGGGGUCCCAUUGUAAUGGCAUUUUAAAGCAGUAAUCCUUGAGGUAUGAGACUCAAACCUUUCUCAAUAUGUGAAAAAAUGACUGUAUGGGAUACCUAAGGCUAGCUAUAUCCCAGUGGUAGUCUGGUAGACAUUGCACCCAGUGGUAGUCUGGUAGACAUUGUACCCAGUGGUAGUCUGGUAGACAUUGUACCCAGUGGUAGUCUGGUAGACAUUGUACCCAGUGGUAGUCUGGUAGACAUUGUACCCAGUGGUAGUCUGGUAGACAUUGCACCCAGUGGUAGUCUGGUAGACAUUGUACCCAGUGGUAGUCUGGUAGACAUUGUACCCAGUGGUAGUCUGGUAGACAUUGUACCCAGUAGUAGUCUGGUAGACAUUGUACCCAGUGGUAGUCUGGUAGACAUUGUACCCAGUGGUAGUCUGGUAGACAUUGUACCCAGUGGUAGUCUGGUAGACAUUGUACCCAGUGGUAGUCUGGUAGACAUUGCACCCAGUGGUAGUCUGGUAGACAUUGCACCCAGUGGUAGUCUGGUAGACAUUGUACUCAGAAGAUGGUGUGUAUUUAUCAUGUGUUUUCCAGAGCUCUGAAGUUAUGUGGCCCGGGAGGACCACCCCAUGUGAAGCUGGUGAUUGAGUGGGAACACAAGAUCAAAGAAUGGUGAGCAUUGUACAUACACAUGUACACACACCACUUCAAUUGACUCAGAAACACACACACACACACACGCACUCAUUAUUUAUUGCAUAGGAGGAUUCACUCUGUCUUUCUCUCACUCUCUCUCUCACAAACACACACACUCAUACCCUAACUUUCUGCGUCUGUACAUGUCUGUGUGUGUGUCAGUCUGUUUGGUAACAUCCAGGAGGAGGUGGUGAAGGACUCAGAGAGUGUGAGAGUCCAGCAGCAGCAGCACCUGCAGCAGCACAGCUGUACCCUGGACGAGUGCUUUCAGCUCUACACCAAAGAGGAACAGGUAACAUGGAAUAUACAAUACCGUCCAAUACAACUGGUCUUAACCUACCCUUGGUGUACUGAACAUUAAAGAUGCACUAUGCAGAAAUUGCACCGCCAUUUCCUGGUUGCAAAAACAAGCAAGUAUAGUGUGGAGAAUCAUUGUACCAUCUAAACUGCUGUGAAAUAUAUUUUCCAUAACCAAAAAUCUUGUAUUUUCAGCUGUUUGACGCUAGUGUACAAUACCAAAAGUAAAAGACACAAAAACAAAAUUUAAGAACGGGAAGAAUAAAAAUAGUGCACAUAGAAAAUAUCUACCGCUUUUUAGACUUGCUUGCAAUGAGAAUGACAGAUCUGUAACACACAUUUAUAUGUGAAUUGGGUGGAGUCGCCCAAAAAGUUACAGUACAUAUUGCAGCUUUAAUAUUGCAUUAGUUGAUUCAUAAAUUGAUUUCCCUCUCUCUGUCUCAUAUUUCCACUCCCUGUGUAUUUUUAUAUGGCUUUGGACAAACGUAGUGUAUGGGAAAUAUAACUUUAUCUGAGACUUCCCCACUGACCGUCUGUGUGCGGGUUCUCUCUCCAGCUGGCCCCAGACGACGCAUGGAAGUGUCCCCACUGUAAGCAGCUCCAGCAGGGCAUGGUGAAGAUGUCCCUGUGGACCCUCCCCGACAUCCUCAUCCUCCACCUCAAACGCUUCCGACAGGUAACUGGAACUAUAGCCGACCUCAUGUAGUGUAUUACCAUUCUUAACUUGCCUGUCUAUUCUUCCCAAAAGGACCACAAUGGAAAUAAGUCAUUUAUUGUAUUAACCUUCAUAGUUGAUUAAACGCCAGUACUGGUUGUAUGUGUCUUUUUUUAAAUGAUGUGAAUCAGGUGGGCGAGCGGCGCAACAAGCUGUCCACCCAGGUGCGCUUCCCCCUGGCCGGGUUGGACAUGGCCCCCCACGUGGUGAAGAGGUCCCAGAGCAUGAGGAACCUGGGGAACCUGGGACCCUGGCCCCCCACAUGGAAACAGCCUGGAGGCAGCAGUCAUCAUAUUAGUCACCCAGACAUGGCCCUGCCUCCUGACUUCCUCUAUGACCUCUAUGCAGUGUGUAACCACCAUGGUGGGAUGCACGGCGGACAUUACACAGGUACUGACCGGCCAUUCAUAUAGGAGAGAGAUAUAGGAGACAUGAUCUUGAUGAGAGAGGUAUACUGACUGGCAUUGUAUGUAUGGGGCUGUUGAUGUAGAAGUGAGGAUAGAAUAUUGUUAGUGGGAGAGAUGCCUACUGCCAAAUAAUGAUGAUACAUAGAACAUGAACACUGCUCAAAAAGAUAAAGGGAACACUUAAACAACACAAUGGAACUCCAAGUCAAUCACACUUCUGUGAAAUCAAACUGUCCACUUAGGAAGCAACACUGAUUGACAAUACAUUUCACAUGCUGUUGUGCAAAUGGAAUAGACAACAGGUGGAAAUGAUAGGCAAUUAGCAAGACGCCCCCAAUAAAGGAGUGGUUCUGCAGGUGGUGACCACAGACCACUUCUCAGUUCCUAUGCUUCCUGGCUGAUGUUUUGGUCACUUUUGAAUGCUGGCGGUGCUUUCACUCUAGUGGUAGCAUGAGAUGGAGUCUACAACCCACACAAGUGGCUCAGGUAGUGCAGCUCAUCCAGGAUGGCACAUCAAUGUGAGCUGUGGCAAGAAGGUUUGCUGUGUCUGUCAGCAUAGUGUCCAGAGCAUGGAGGCGCUACCAGGAGACAGGCCAGUACAUCAGGAGACGUGGAGGAGGCCGUAGGAGGGCAACAACCCAGCAGUAGGACCGCUACCUCCGCCUUUGUGCAAGGAGGAGCAGGAGGAGCACUGCCAGAGCCCUGCAAAAUGACCUCCAGCAGGCCACAAAUGUGUCUGCUCAAACGGUCAGAAACAGACUCUGUGAGGGUGGUAUGAGGGCCAGACGUCCACAGGUGGGGGUUGUGCUUACAGCCCAACACCGUGCAGGACGUUUGGCAUUUGCCAGAGAACACCAAGAUUGGCAAAUUCGCCACUGGCGCCCUGUGCUCUUCACAGAUGAAAGCAGGUUCACACUGAGCACAUGUGACAGACGUGACAGAGUCUGGAGAUGCCGUGGAGAACGUUCUGCUGCCUGCAACAUCCUCCAGCAUGACCGGUUUGGCGGUGGGUCAGUCAUGGUGUGGGGUGGCAUUUCUUUGGGAGGCCGCACAGCCCUCCAUGUGCUCGCCAGAGGUAGCCUGACUGCCAUUAGGUACCGAGAUGAGAUCCUCAGACCCCUUGUGAGACCAUAUGCUGGUGCGGUUGGCCCUGGGUUCCUCCUAAUGCAAGACAAUGCUAGACCUCAUGUGGCUGGAGUGUGUCAGCAGUUCCUGCAAGAGGAAGGCAUUGAUGCUAUGGACUGGCCCGCCCGUUCCCCAGACCUGAAUCCAAUUGAGCACAUCUGGGAAAUCAUGUCUCGCUCCAUCCACCAACGCCACGUUGCACCACAGACUGUCCAGGAGUUGGCGGAUGCUUUAGUCCAGGUUUGGGAGGAGAUCCCUCAGGAGACCAUCCGCCACCUCAUCAGGAGCAUGCCCAGGCGUUGUAGGGAGGUCAUACAGGCACAUGGAGGCCACACACACUACUGAGCCUCAUUUUGACUUGUUUUAAGGACAUUACAUCAAAGUUGGAUCAGCCUGUAGUGUGGUUUUCCACUUUAAUUUUGAGUGACUCCAAAUCCAGACCUCCAUGGGUUGAUAAAUUUGAUUUCCAUUGAUACUUUUUGUGUGAUUUUGUUGUCAGCACAUUCAACUAUGUAAAGAAAAAAGUAUUUAAUAAGAUUAUUUCAUUCAUUCAGAUCUAGGAUGUGUUAUUUUAGUGUUCCCUUAAUUUUUUUGAGCAGUGUUUAACAAUACAGUGCCCUCCUCAAUAGUGGUCACAUCAACUUACAUACUAUAUUACUAUACCCAGGAAAUAAUGAUUGUGGUACAGCCUGUCUCUAAUGUUCUGUGUUCUGUGUGCGUUAUGCAGCAUACUGCAGGAACUCAGUGGACGGCCAUUGGUACAGCUAUGAUGACAGCAGUGUGGACCUGGUGCCUGAGGAGGAGGUGUGUACCAGAGGGGCCUACAUACUGUUCUACCAGAGACGUAACGUCAUCCCCCCCUGGUCCGCCAGCAGCUCAAUCAGAGGUGGGUAGUGUACCACACAGGCAUGCACACACACACACCACAGGAGAGAGUUCACUCUGGGUUCAAUUCCAUUACAGCUGAACCAUUUAGCCUUUAUCCACUAAAGGUUAACUCAUAACUGCAGGGUUUACUCAUGUCUGCAAUAUAUGGUGUUGCAAGCACCUUGCUCCAACCACAUGAACCAGCAAAACCACAAUGUGAUAUUUCAAUUGCUAAAUGCUAUAUAGUAUAUAGGAAUUAUCUGUAUAGUUUUUCUGUGUAUUUUCUGUAUUGACUGGAAUUGAAUUGGAAUGGAACUGACAUGUGUAGGUAUCUCUCUGGUCCAGUGUCCAUAGUCCCAGAAACGUCUCUCCCCUCCGUAGGCUCCACCAGCUCCUCCAUGUCGGACCACUGGCUGGUCCGUCUGAAUGGGGACAGUAAGAGGGGUAGUCUGGUGUCCCGCUCCUCCACCACCUGCCCCUCCUCUGUCCCCGACUCCCCAGAGUCCCCCGUCUUCCUUGAUGACCCCCCCAGAGAGGAGAAAGGUGAGGGGCCUGGGAAACAUGAGAUGCAUGGUAAACCAAAGAAAGGUAAAAAAAAAACUUAGGUCUUCAUUCCAUUGGUGGUGGAUGGGUGAUGGGUGUGGGUGGUGAGUUUUCGUUACUACGGUAGGGGAGAGUGGGGUAAGUUGAGAGUGAUUUGCAUUCAGCAUCACUCUGUCAAGGGAAAUAUAGUAUUCUUUCUAACAAAGAUAUCUACAUACACUGAGUAUACCAAACAUUAAGAACACCUUCCUAAUAUUGAGCCCCCCCCGUCGAAAGCAUUCUGGCCUAUGUUGACUCGAAUGCUUCCCACAGUUGUGUCAAGUUGGCUGGAUGUCCUUUGGGUGGUGGACCAUUCUUGAUACACACGGGAAACUGUUGAGGCCCUGUUUUGACCUCAUAUCCCAGUGAUAAUGCCUUGCAUUACACCUAGGAAGAAAACACUUACAUUUGCUCAACUUGCCAUUGGCUCAACUAUUGGCUGAACUUACCCUAAGGCAAACAUUUUUAGCCCACACAGUUACAAGGAUGCACUUUCAUGUUAGGUUUAGGACCAUAUAUUGAAGCUUAUAGAGACCCCAACUUAAAAUGAUCUACCUUUGUUUAGACACAAGCAUCAUGAAACCUCUAUACAAUACAAUUUAUUUGACUUGGUGAAAAUAAAUUUUUUGACCUAACUUGCUUACCACUUUUUCCAUGUGGUUUCUUCCUUCACUGAUGCCAUGAAAUGAUGACCUCUCCUAAAUAUGUGGUCAAAUUAUAAAUGUUGUGUAUGGUAUCCUAGAAACAACGGUGGCUCAACUUACCCCUUUGGCUCAACUUACCCCACUCUCCCCUAUUUAAAUCACUUUGAGCAUCUGGAAAAUGCUCAAUCUAAUCAAUGGUUAUUAUUAUUCCUUGUUGUUGCCAAUAGAUUGCAGAAUCUCUUUAAUUUAUCUGAACAUAUUCUACUCAGAAACUAUACAGUCCAUGCACAGUCCAUGCCUACAUAUGUAAUGUUGCUGAAAGAAAAGCUCAUAUUGAUCACUGUGCUUAUUAUUUACAACUUAAUAAAAGGGGUUUGAAAAUGAAAGUUAGUCUAGCUUUAAAUGUCAGAGACACUAUGGUAGUGUUAUUUUCUCUCUCUUUCACCCCCAGGUGGUUUUGAGAGCAGGCCGUUCGUACGGGGCAUACAGGGUCGUAGUGUCAGCAUGAGGACCCCCACUAAGAACAAAGAGACACUGAACAAGGUCCUCCCGCUACGCUGGUCGUUCGGCUCCAAGGACCGCCGAAAAACUGCAGCCGAGCCCGCCCCUGCUCCCAUCCCCACCCCUGCCCCUGUGGAACUGGUGGAGUACCUAGAGUCUGGAAGAAGACCUCGCUGCACCAAGGACUCUAUAGUCAAUUUAAUGACGGGCUCUGAGAGCAAGCAGGGAUCUGCCAUCAGCUCCCCCAGUGUGGGAAGCAGCCUGAACUGCAUGGGACAAACCAGAGUCUCCGCAGAUGCCAGAGGGCCAGAGAAGACCAGUCACAGACAAGACAGGGAGUCUGAGACGAAGUAGCAAAGGGUCCCAGCAGCAGCAGAGAGACCAGAGGGACGAGGGUAGGAUGGGCAGUGGUAGUAGUACUAACACUCUGACCAGGAGGAGUACCAAGAAGAGUAAGGAGAAAGACCAGGGAAAGCUCCAGGAGGCCCAGUCUAGGAGGGGGUCUAGUGCAGGCUUCCAGCCCAGCUCCAGCACCCACAGCCUCAGGGACAGAGACUGGGAAGGCACCCUGAGGAGGGGUGCCAAGGGCAACCAGGACCCACCACCAGGGGACCGCCUUGUACCACCCGAGGGAGAAAAGACCAGGAAGGGUGAGAAGGUAGAGGAGGCCUCCAAGAGCCACGAGGGGCUGCUGUCUUUCUUCAAGAGCAACUUCAAGAAGAAGGACAAGGAGUCGUCAUCUUCUCGCAAGUCCGACUCUGGAAAAGUUGGCGACGUCGGCAGGUCCAGCACCUCCCGGCUGUCCCUGUCCAGUGGAGACCCAGGCGGGGCCACGAAGACGGGGGAGGCGAAACCCAAUGGAGCCCCCCGCAACGGGGGUGCCAAUUGUCUCGGAGACGAGCUGCCCAACGGUAAAGCCAGACGUGCCGCCGAUAUCAAACGCUCCCAGAGCUCGUCCAACAUCCCCAGCAAGGAAGAGUCUAGCAUGCGAAGGACCGCCUCUUUACACCGUAACGGGCUGUCCCAUGGCGUGGCUCCGCCCCCUCGCAGCCUCACAGCCGAGAAGCCCUCCUACGGUACCCUGCAGAAGACUCGCUAUAGUACCAACUCACUGGGACGCAAGAGGACGGUCCCCGAGUCCAGCUUUUAGCUUACACACACACACACAUACUCUGACACACACACACACACCAGGGUCAUAUUCACUAGGCACCAAACAG